AUGACAGAACGCUACAUGUAUGAGCAACCAAACAAGCUAAAGAUUGACGGCUCGAACUAUCGCGAGUGUACCCACCCGGACGGCAAGUACAAGUUUGGCCUGGAAAUGGACGUCGACCUGGUGGCGGUGUCCUACAUCCAGCUGUCCGUCCAUAACGACCAUCUCAAAUACGUCCAAUUUGUAGAAACGACGUACGACACGUGGAACGCGCUCAAAGCCAUCUGCGAGAAUACGUCAGAAGUCAGCAUGGUGACUCUGCAAAUGAAGGUGUACAAACUUGACUGGAGCGAUCAGCUUCAAGUCCUUCGCCGACAGUUUCAAGAACUCACGCGCAAGAUGACCGCCGCCGGCGAUGGCACCCCAGAACGGUCGUACGUCACCCGGUUCCUCUGCCUGCUGGACCGCGCUUCGCGAACGCUAAGAGCUCAAGUUAGUCGACGAACGCUCAGCAACCCAAGUCUACAGAAGAAUGUGGACAGAUCGGACGACGCACUCAAUGCGACGGUCAACGGCGAAUGCCACUACUGCUACAAGUCUGGCCACUUUCGCAGCGAGUGCCGCCGACGACAAAACGAUGAGACCAAAGGCGUCCAGCGGCGCAACAUGCGGGAUAAGGCACAAGGAAAUGGUGGAGAUGUGGCAGCUACGAUGGCGGCCGGAACAGUGGCUGCUUCAGCGGACGAAGACGUGGACGCAACAGCGGCAAUGAUCGCGGCGCCGACCAAGGUAACUACGUCGAAGAAGAUGAAAUAG